UGCUUAGCUGGCGCUGGUGGCUGUUUCAAUCAAAGGGAAGGCAGAGAGGGAAGGGAGGCUCUGCGGAGAGAUGUAAGAUGGCAGAGCUACAAAUGUUGUUAGAGGAAGAGAUUCCUGCCGGCAAAAGGGCGCUUGUGGAGAGUUACCAAAACCUCACCAGAGUAGCGGACUACUGCGAGAACAAUUAUGUCCAGGCCCAGGACAAGAGGAAAGCUCUGGAGGAGACCAAAGCCUACACCACCCAGUCCCUGGCCAGCGUGGCCUACCAGAUCAAUGCCUUAGCCAACAAUGUACUCCAGCUGCUGGACAUCCAGGCCUCGCAGCUGCGGCGCAUGGAGUCCUCCAUCAACCACAUUUCCCAGACGGUGGACAUCCAUAAAGAGAAGGUUGCCAGGCGGGAGAUCGGGAUCCUGACCACCAACAAGAACACAUCCAGGACACAUAAGAUCAUAGCGCCAGCUAAUGUGGAGCGGCCAGUCAGGUACAUCAGGAAGCCCAUUGACUACACUGUACUGGACGACGUCGGCCAUGGCGUUAAGUGGCUAAAAGCCAAGCAACAUGGAAACAAUCAGUCAAUCAGAGGAGGAACACUAUCGAGGACCAAUCCGCCCACGCAGAAGCCGCCGAGCCCUCCCAUGUCAGGGCGUGGCACGAUCGGACGCAACACAUCCUACAAGACCCUGGAGCCGGUGAAGCCGCCCACGGUGCCCAAUGACUACAUGACCAGCCCCGCCCGACUCGGCAGCCUGCACGGGCAGCAGCACAGCCCCGGACGCACUGCGUCGCUCAACCAGAGGCAGCGCACACACAGUGGAAGCAGCGGGGGUAGCAGCAGUAGGGAGAACAGCGGCAGCAGCGGUACUGGCAUUCCCAUCGCCGUGCCUACACCCUCCAUCCCCAACUCUGGACCAGUCCCGCCCAUGUUCGCUCCCCCGGGAGUUCCUCCGCCUCCCCCACCACCUCCCGCUCCUCCCCUGGCCGGGUUCGGCCCCCCAGCACCACCACCUAUAGUGGUGGCCCCUGGGCCUGGUCUGGGCCCUGCUCCAAUGUCCCAGUUUGGAACCAUCUCGCGGCAGAUUUCGCGGCACAACCCCUCCAACUCCUCUGUCUCUAUGGUUUCGGCCACGGGCACCUACCGCCGGGCGCCGUCGGUCACUUCCCAGUUCUCCUUGCAGCAGCAGCAACAACUACAGCAGCAGCAACAACAACUACAGCAGCAGCAGCAGCAGCAGCAGCAGCAACAACAACAACAACAACAACAGCAGCCUCAUAUUAAUGGAGGCACUCCUGGCUAUGGCCAGAACUCAAUGUCUAUCGCUCCUCCUCCUCCCCCCAUGCCCCAGCUGACUCCACAGAUACCUCUGACUGGCUUUGUGGCCAGGAUGCAGGAGAGCAUUGCAGAUACUCCCACUCCGCCUCCCCCUCCGCCUCCAGAUGACUUGCCCAUGUUUGACGAGUCUCCUCCCCCUCCGCCGCCUCCUCCAGUUGACUACGAGGAGGAGGAUGCGGCCGUCGUGCAGUACAGCGACCCCUACGCUGAUGGAGACCCACACUGGGCGCCCAAGAUCUACAACGAGAAAGUGGUGGCCAUCUACGACUACAGCAAGGACAAGGACGACGAGUUGUCUUUCAUGGAGGGGGCAAUCAUUUAUGUCAUCAAGAAGAACGAUGACGGCUGGUUCGAGGGCGUCUGCAACGGCGUCACCGGCCUGUUCCCCGGCAACUACGUAGAGUCCAUCAUGCACUACGCCGACUGAAGGGACCUCGCAGUAACAGUACAGUCUAUUUAUUCAGUCAUAUCGUAAUCCACUGAGCGACUGACCACAGCAACCUUGACUCCUGAGACGCGUAGACAUAACUGUAUGAUCCCCUUUUGAUAUGACAGAAUGUUCUUUCCCUUACUGAUUGCAAAUAAAAUGAAAAGUAAUAUCUAUUUAGUUUAUUUUGGUGUUAUAUGGGCGGGUUGGGGGACAUUUAUGGAUUAUGUUUUUAAAAAAAGUUUCUAAAGAAUUGGACUGCACAUGCUCACACCGGUUGAACUCAAAGACGAUGGUCACACAGUUGUAGGACAUCAUCUUGCCUGGACAAAAAGUUGCGAUUCAGAACGGAAUCCGUUGAUGGAACAAAUAAAAUUGUAAUGUCAUGUUAAACACCUUCGGUUGAAGUGUUUCUGCUGUCCGUUGUGUAUAUAAUGUGAGCUGCAGCCACGUGGGUUUAUGUAAUGUGAAUUCAGUGAAUGUCAAUUAUGAUAGUUUUCAUUAGUGGUGCCCUCCACGACUCCAUAGGGCUCAUUCGUAAAAAAAAUAAUGCAGAUGGCCUGUCAGUUUUCAAGAUUAAAUACUGUAUAUGGUAUUUCAAAGAAACAAUUGCUCCUGAAAAAUCAGUCUUGGCGUGAAAGCAUGUAAAAGUUUAAGCGAUAUAAUGUAAUCUUAAGUUUAUUGCCAUUAUGCUUCCAUUAUGUUGUAAAUGUAAUCACCUUUUUAAUUUUUAUGACUGUUGAAAUCACUGAACUUUUUAGACUCUGAAGUGAAUUUCAGGUUUUCCCAUGGUCUCACCCUCUAAAUGCAGACUUGCAUUUGAUUUGCGUUGGGAAAAACUGAAAUGGAGUUUACUUUUUCAUGCAUUUAGAUCCAUUUGAAGCAAGAUAUCACAUUCCAUUUUUCGAUUACUACCAAGCAUUUUAAAAUUGUCACAUCACUGUUAACUUUAUACUAAUCCAAAGUCUGUAGGAUCUAUUGGUAACAUUGGCAAUACUGGACUAUGGCUCCGAUAGACAGCAGGUGGCGUGCAGUGAUAAUUGGACUGGUAACCAUGUGCCCUACACUGCCAUGUGACAAUUCAGAUGUAAUAUAGACCAAUAAACAACUGUAAUACCUCCUCAGCCUUCACCAAGCAACAGUGACCUGCUCCAGGUUCAAGGACCAUGUUGAAUGCUCUGAACAUGAAAUCCUCUGGGCUACACAGGUGUACAUAUUCUAACUCAAGUAAAACCAACCAAUCAAUAUUAGCUGUCACUCAGGUCUACAAAUCAUCUUGAUAAUUGUAUUUUUCUGUUAACUUACAUCUAACAUUACCUAAUUUUUGACUUCUAAAUGCACUGGUCACCAUUUGCGAUUUAAGGAUACUGCAGCUAAUGCCUUGAUAUUUUGCCCAUUUGCUUUAGUAAAAAACAUUCUGGCUCAAUUUCAUAGAUAGAAAUACUGAUAUCUCUGUCUGCCCUUCAUUUGUACAUAUAAUAUGUUGAUUGAAAAGUUGAUGUACAGUCUUUUAUAAUAAACAAUUCUAUGUACAA